AAACUGCGGUUUUAGUACUGGCAACAUUAGCGCCUUCUUUCUUUUUCUCUGUAAGUGUUGGAGACACGUGCGUCGUUUACGGCGAAAUCUCUAAAAUAGUCCAAAAUGACUGAAGGAACAGCAACAAUUCGCACGCGCAAAUUCAUGACCAACAGAUUGUUGGCGCGCAAGCAGAUGGUUUGCGAUGUCCUCCACCCGGGAAAGCCUACUGUCAGCAAAACCGAGAUCCGUGAGAAGCUGGCUAAGAUGUACAAGGUGACACCUGAUGUUGUGUUCGUGUUCGGCUUCAAGACUAACUUCGGUGGCGGCAAGUCAACUGGCUUUGCCCUGAUCUACGACACAUUGGACUUGGCUAAGAAGUUUGAGCCUAAGCACAGACUAGCCCGCCACGGCCUUUAUGAAAAGAAGAGGCCCACACGCAAACAGCGUAAGGAACGCAAGAACAGGAUGAAGAAGGUGCGUGGUACCAAGAAAUCUAAAGUAGGCGCGGCCGCCAAGAAGUGAUGUGACGGAUAGAACUGUAAGUUAAUAAAAAAAUCCAAAAAACCUA